GGUAUUUUUAUUGUAGUUGCAAUUUUAAAAAAAUAUUGCUAGUUGCUGAAAACCACGAAUUAAACGUGUCUUCAAAUUGAGUACUGUCAAAAAGCGAAAUUCCAUUUUUUUCAGUCAGAAGAUUCAGUCUGGAGAAAGAAAAUAAUAGUAGGAGCGAGAUGUUGCCCUUAGAUACAUACUAAUGUAGCGCAGACAACGCUUCAUAUCGGGAAUAAAUUCCUGAUUUGCAUCAUAAUGACACAUCUGCAGAUUUUCAAGAAAUCUACCAUUUGAUAUCCACUGCUGAAUAAAUGCCCAUUAGACUUUUCCAUCUCUUCUGCUACCGUGCUUACAUUGACCAUGUAUGUUUUGUAAUGUCAUCGACCAAAUCUGCCAUUAAGUUAUCUCAGUCUCUUAAAUUCCUAUAGCAUAGCUCUUCUGUUGUCCAUGUAUCACUUGUCCCAACUUCAUUUUCAAUACAGUCAUAAUUAUGACUCCUACUGUAAGCUGUUACAGGAACCUAGUUCACUUGAUUGUUUUCCUAACCUGUAGUAAUUCCCAAUAAACAUGUCUCAAUAAGAAUUUUUGUCUUGUUAGCUGUGCAACCUUUAGUAGCCUAUUCGAAUGGCUUGCUGCCUUAGGUCCAUUGUAGCAGUAAAUAUACAAUGUAGCCCAGCCCUUUUCUUUUCAGACAUGUUGGGAACUUAGUAGACUUAGUUAUGAAAAUUUUAUUUAUUUUACCAAAAAUACCAUAGGCCAUUCUUACUCUUCUGUUUGAUUCUUUUGUUGUCCAUCCAAUUACUGACUUAAGCUGCCCCAGAUACAAAAACUUGUCAAUUGCUGCUAUCACUAUCAAUUUCUUAAAUGUUAUAUUCAUGGGUUUACUAUGCAUUAUGCUUUAUUUAUUAUAAUUAACUUUCAUUUCUACUUUCUGAUGAGUUUUUCCAGUUUUGAGCUAUCAUGCCUUUCUUCAGAUAGCUAUUUUUUUGGUAAUUACAUGAAUGUGUACAUCAUUGGCAUGUCUUUCUUUUUUGCAGUAUGUUCCAUUGGAUGGCACAUUGUCUUGCUUCUGGCCUUAUGUUUUUUCAGGAUGAUGCACAAACUGUUCCAGUGCAAACAAUAUAUUCAGUUUAUUCACUAUUGACCACUUACAGCGGAAUAGAAUUUCUCUGACAAAGCAAGAAUGUCCCCAUAACAAUAUGCCGUAGGAAAUGUGUGACUGAAAGAGGCCAAAAUAUACCACCUUCAGAUACUCAUCAGUGACUACAUCUGUCAGUCACCAGAUGUGAUAACACACUCUUCGUACUACAGUACCUGGUAGUGCUGGCCAGUGUAGCUGAGUGGUUCUAGGUGCUUCAGUCUGGAACUGCGCAACCACUCCGGUUGCAGGUUCGAACCUGCCUCAGGCAUGGAUGUGUAUGAUGUCCUUAGGUUACAAUCCAAGUACCCAUAAACAAAGCAUGGUAACACCAUGGGUGUAAAAGGACUGCAAACUUAUUGCACUGAUAAUUGUUCGGAUGUGUGUGAGCGUGUAAAUAUUGAACAUCUGUCACAGCAGUACCAAAACACCACUGGCAGAAGUCCUAUAAUAGUUGUAGAUGGUCCAUCCUGUCUUCGUAGGAUAUAUGGUAACAACAGCUGGGUUUGUGGAGGGCAGUUCAAACAGUUUGUGGAAAAUUGCUGUGGCUUUGUUGAUAGAUUCCGGAAUGUCGGAAUAAAGUUGGUGUUCUUUUUUGAUGGUCCAACUGUAAAUGAGAAGAGGGAGACAUGGAUUCAAAGAAGGAAAAGAAGCAUUAGGGAUAUUGAGAGAAUAUUUGAUUCUUUGUCACAAAGACAUUUUUGGGAAGAAAGGUUUCCUUAUCAGCAGCCUGCUGGACUUAAUCAUUUUGCAAGAUGUAUUUUUAAACAUUUAUGCCACUGUGAGGUCCACACCUCAGUGCAAGAGUGUGAUUUUGAAAUUGCAGAGUAUGCAAGAAAUAAUUCUUGUUUUGCAGUCAUGGGCCAAGACAGUGAUUUUAUCAUUUACAAUUCAGCACCAUAUUAUUUCUCUGCUGAGAACUUGGAUUUAGUGACAUUAGAAACAGUUAAUUUUAACACGAAAGUACUUGCGGACUGUUUGAAAUUAAGUGUACUGCAUCUGCCUCUUUUUGCCUCUCUGAUGGGAAAUGACAUUAUACCUGCAGAGAAACUGAAAAACUUUCACACCACACAUUGUCAAAGAAAAACUGGAAAUAAAUUUGAAGAUAUUGCCCUUGGUGUAGCUGAUUAUAUAAGAAAUUUCCCUCCAGUGGGCAGUGGUUUGCAUGACUACAUUGAAGAAAUAUGCAGGGUUGUGUUUAAUGAUAUUUCUAUGUGUGACAGCCUUCAUCAGAGCAUUUUGAGUUAUAUACCAGCUGAAAAUGAGGGAGAGAGUAUUGCUCAAAGAAGUAAUGCUCAAACAAGCUGGGAACAAAUAAUACUUGUAGCAACAUCAAAACACAAAAGAAAUGACAUUCCAUCAAGUAUAUAUGCAACAGUUAUGCAAAUGCCAUAUGAAGCUAGUACAUACAUGGAAGACUUCAGGAAAAUGGAUAUUCCUAGUUCAGGAAUUAUAACUCGAAGGAUUAGACAGAGACUUUACUCUGUUAUAUUGUCUGAGUGCCCUCAGGCAGAUUCAAUGGAAGAAUGGUGUGUGACAGGAAGAGAAAGUUUAGAGAGGCCAUAUGCAGUACCUAUUCUGAAACCUUUGCCAGGCAGGAUAAAGCACUCAGGUUUACUCACGUUAUGGGAUCAUCGGAAGAAAGAUGAACCAGUUAUGAAUGAAAGAUGGACUUUGCUGUCAUGGAUAAUAUCACCAAAACUUCCAGCACUAAGAAUGAGACAUCUUCCAACCCAUCUUGUUGCCCCAGCGGCAGCAUUAUUUUACAUGAUUCAUGAAGUUCAUCCAGUCUUUCUCACUCCUGAAGAACUGGACCUGUUUAUAGUGGUUUCAGUAAUUAUGGAGCAGUGUGACACAUCUUGGCUUUCUAAGAUUGUAGUAAGAUGGCCAGAUGCCAGAGCCAUUAGACUCACAACAUUGUACCUUAGAUUACUGGUACAUGUGUUUGAUGUAAAUGGAGCGUGUGGCUUUCCAGUCCCACCUCAAGAUGGUUUACCGUCUAAUUAUUUUGAUGGUAAGUUAUUCCAACACUUGUACUCUAACAUGAAGAGGGGUCAUUCCCCACGGCAUGAACUACGAAGCUCUUAUCAAGUUCAACAGUUUUGGAAUGUGAGAAACCUAAUUGUGGGUGAAUGAUUUUUCUUAUCAUAAUGUAUUAUGGUUCUUGUUCAAUCAGGUUGUCACUUCUAGCCAUGUGAUGACUUUAUAUGUAAAAGAUAUUGACAUAGGACUACUCAGUAAACAUGUAUAUUAGGUUAUUCACAUCUUCUAAAACAUUGUUGUUGAAAUAAUCAUAGUUUUGAUAGAAUAAAAAACACCUUGAAAUGA